AUGCGGCCAAUUCUCUUGUGGUAUGAAGUUGAAAUCAUUCCAACUGCCAGAGUCACAGUAUCAAUUAUUGCUUCCACUAUUAAAAGAUCUGACAACUCUAUAUAUAUAUGCAUCCGCCUUAAAGAUCACGAACAAGAAAAAUUUGAUGAAGACACCUUUAAACGUCUUCUCAACGUUCUAGUCACAGUUGCACCGAUACUGAAGACCCUGACCUUUGCCCAAUGGAGUCCCAUGGGAGAAUUAUCUCCUCUCUACUUUAAGGAUCUCUCUCAGAGAAUUCGGUUUUCCCAGCUAGAGGAACUUCAUCUUCAUUCGAUCGAGGUGACGGUGAAUAGCUUCGAAGAAUUUCUACGUACAGCGGCCCCAACCUUGAAACGAUUGAGUCUGCGCUUGAUCAGUUUAGUUGAUGGGAUAACAUCAGCACCAUAUCUAGGACCCCUGGCUAAAAAUGAAAGUAGUUGGAUCCCUUUAUUAUCCACCGAAGUCAAAAAUGAGAUGCAGGGGCUCUGGAAGCGCGUUUUUGAAUUUUUGGCAGAUCAUCUCAAGCUGCAAUACGUCCAACUAUCCUGCCUUGGGUACCGGGGAAGGGAUGUUAUAUUGCAAGAUCAUCUGUAUACGGAACGCGGGCAGCCGGAUGCAAAGCCUUCUUCUGACUUUAGCCCCUUGAGCAUCUAUUUUGAUGCUGAGAGGGCGAGUAUACCUUUCAAAGAGUGGGUCACGCAGCUUCAGAUAGAGAUGUGGCAUCGGACAAUCAUUGGAGGUCCCAAGAUCCCAGGGGCCAGCAGCAUCCAAUUGCGCAACCCAGGUCAGGAUUUUAGUAGGAUGGUUACUCACGCAUGCAAUUUCAACCGAACAAGAGGUUAG